AUGAGACAUAUUCAUUCUUGCAAUUUUUUAAAUUACGUUAACCUUAUUUCAGUUAAGCUAACCACCGUCCAGUGCCAAGAUUGUCUUGGUAAGACGUGUUAUCCACCAAGUGGAGAAUUAUUAUUAGGCCGUGGCGAUCAAUUAACGGCUACAUCGACCUGCGGUUUAAAUGGACCGCAACGCUAUUGUAGAGUAAGUGAUUUAGAUUCGGAGAAGAAAUGUUUUACUUGUGAUUCUAGACCUGGUAGAAAUGAGACCGAGUCUCAUCUUGUCAGCAAUAUCGUUGCUACAUCUGAUACCAAUCGAACAUGGUGGCAAUCAGAGAAUGCCGUUGAAAGAGUAACACUAACGUUGGACUUUGAGGCAGAAUUUCAAAUUACUCACUUAAUAAUGACAUUUUUAACAUUUCGCCCUGCCGCUAUGAUAGUAUCCAGAUCUAAAGAUGGUGGUAAGAAUUGGAGGCCUUACCAAUAUUUUGCCGAAAACUGUGCAACAGCCUUUCCUAAUAUACGAGAAAGUAUAAACCAAAGAACUUUUUUUUCUGAUGUUAUAUGUACCAGAAGAUAUUCACAACCGAAACCAGCAUCAGGUGGCCAGGUCGUAUUUAUUGCAAUGCCUCCUGGAACAACUAACGAUUAUGGCCGCUCGGAUCCUCGUGUUUUAGAUUGGAUUACCGUUACCAAUAUUCGUUUUGAAUUUAGCAAAUUACAAACACUAGGAGAAGCAAUCGGGCCGCGCUAUCCUGAUAAUAACGAAAAAUAUUACUAUGCUAUUUCUAGCUUAGUUGUUUAUGGUAGCUGUUUGUGUUAUGGUCAUGCAUCGAGUUGUAUCCCAAUGCCAAACACUCCACCAGCAAAGCUAAACAUUCGCGACAUGAUUCAUGGCAAAUGCAGUUGCCAGCACUUUACUUCUGGCACACAAUGUAAUGUUUGCUUACCAGAAUAUAAUGAUCAGCCAUGGAUUGCUGGCUAUCAAGAAAAUAAAGGCUGUUCAGGUUGCAAGUGUAACAAUCACACAUCUACCUGCAGUUUCUCAUCUACAGUUUAUGAGCGUACCAAUAAUGCAUCAGGCAGCUUUUGCACUAAUUGCCAAGAUAAUACACGAGGCGAUCAAUGCAAUCAAUGCCAGCCUAAUUACUUUCAACAAGCAAAUAAAUCAUUGGACAGUCCUGAUGUUUGCGCAAGAUGUGAUUGCGAUGCAAGAGGUACUACGAAUGAGCCUUGUAAUCGAUUAACUGGAACUUGUCAAUGCAAAAGCAAUGUAAUGGGCAAUAGGUGUGAUUCUUGCAAGAGUAGCUAUUAUGGUCUAAACGAUACCAAUCCUUUGGGAUGUUUGCCUUGCAAUUGCUAUAAUGAUGGUACCGUAGAUAAUACUGUCUGCGAUGUUAACUCUGGCCAAUGUAGUUGUGAAUUAAAUGUUGAUGGAAGAAGAUGCGAAAGAUGCAAGGAUACUUACUGGGGUUUGACAUCUCCAUCUGUUCAAUGCCGACCUUGUUUAUGCCAUCCUACAGGAUCUUAUAGUCUUUCUUGUAAUGACAGUACUGGACUUUGUCCAUGUAGAAAGAAUCUUGUAAGCCCAAGGUGUAAUCAAGUUACCGCCAAUCACUACUAUUCUCUGAUGGAUUCAAUCAGAUUUGAAGCUGAAGAACAAAAUGCCAGUACUGUUCAAACAAUUAAUCAUUUCUACGAUUAUCCGUAUAAAUUAUACUCUGGGACUGGAUAUCGGAUAAUACAAACAAAUGGAAUUGUUCGGAUUGUAAUUUCCGUCUCCUAUACAUUCAUGUAUAGUCUGUUGGUCCGCUUUGAGCCUACACCAGGAUUAAAUAAUUUUACUAUAACGGUCGACAUAAAACGACCUCCAAGUGGUGUACCUAUCAAUUGCGAUAUUCCUUCAUCUCCCCUAAAAUUUCAAAACACAUCGGUGGACGGUGCAUAUAUUACCAUACCUAUUUGCUUCGGUCGUGAUAAGAAUUAUAUAACUGAAAUUCAAUAUAUCAAUAACGAAAGAGUUGACGUGCCUUUGAAGUUAGAUUCGAUUGUGCUCUGGCCUUCAUUGACUUCGCUUGCAUCAGUAGAGUUAUCCACAACGCUGGUAAAAACACUUGCCUCUGCAGAAGCUGAAUAUUGCUCAGAAUUAUUAUAUAAGCCCUACAAUGUUAGUGACUUAUCGGAAACUUGCAAAGAAGUAAUGUUUACCGUGUCUAAUAUUCUUAACGACGGCGGCUUAGUUUGUGACUGCAAUCCAACUGGUACCAUUUCCGGCACUGCAUGCGAUAAAGUUGGUGGCCAGUGCAGAUGUAAGAAGAAUAUAUUCGGUCGUCGAUGUGAUAAAUGUUUACCUGGAGCCUACGGCUUUGGUCUACCUGACGGAUGUCGAGAAUGUAAAUGUGAUCGUCAAGGCUCCACUAAUUUUGAAUCUUGUGAUGCUAACACCGGCCAAUGUAAUUGCAAACGCAAUAUUGUCGGCUUAAAUUGUGCACGUUGCCAGUAUUUUUAUUAUGGAUUUCCAAAUUGUCAACGAUGUGAAUGCUAUGGACACUCUGCAUCUUGCGAUCAACGAAACGGAACUUGCUUAAAUUGCUUACAUAAUACUGCUGGGCCUACUUGUAAUCAAUGUAGAACAGGUUUUGUGGGAACAGCAACAACUGGAACACCUAAUGACUGUGUAAGAUGCGAAUGCCCAGGUGGCUCUAGUGGCAAUCAGUUCAGUUCUACUUGCUAUUACCGAUCGACACAAAGUCGAACUACGAUUGUAUGCGAAAAUUGUACAACUGGCUAUACAGGAAAUAACUGUGAACUAUGUGCACCAGGAUACUAUGGAAAUCCUACAAGCGUUGGCGGCAGAUGUCUACCAUGUCAAUGUAACAACAAUAUUAAUGUUAACGAACCAGGUAGCUGCCAUAAUCAAACCGGAGAGUGCUUGAAAUGUUUAUACAAUACCGGUGGUCCCAGCUGUAGCCAGUGCCGACCUGGCUACUAUGGAAAGGCAUUAACUCGAACAUGUCGACCCUGCCAAUGCAACGAAUAUGGAAGCGUAGAUGGAAACUGUGAUCCUAUAACGGGACAAUGCACUUGUCGCUCUAAUGUAAUCGGUAAAACAUGCGAUAAGUGUGCUACAGGAUUCUGGAAUAUCACCAGUGGAAAGGGUUGCCAACCAUGUAGUUGUUGCCGUAAUAAUUCUUUACAAGCCAAUUGUGAUGCGGUUACUGGUAAAUGCAGUUGUAUUAAAGGAUACAGUGGCGAUAAAUGUUGUGACUGCGAAGAUGGCUUUUGGGGUAAUCCAUCGACUACAUGUUACGCUUGCAACUGCAAUAAAAUGGGUUCUCUUAGCACUGAAUGUGAUCGUAAAACUGGUCAGUGUUAUUGUAUAGCAGCAGCUGGAGGUUUCAGAUGUGAUCGGUGUGCAGAUGGAUACCAAGGAACAUUCCCUAGCUGUAGAAGAUGCCAUGUUUGUUAUUUUGAUUGGAAUAAAAGAAUCACAGAC